AUGGAGUCGUGGAAGUCGAAGUCGCUGGAGCACAUUAACAUACAGUUCAGAAACAUAAUGGAGGACAUGGGGAUAGAUGAGGAAAAGCAGCAUAAGCUGGCAGCAAAGCUGAAUCUUUCGAAAAAGAUCAAGACGAUCACCUCUAUGCAGACGAUGGACGAGAGGAAGAGAAAGAUUAAGGAGUAUGUUGUUAAGCUUAGCGACAGAAACAGUGUAUUGAAUUUAUUGAGCUUGUCCUGCUCUCUUGAAAGCGGGCCAAAUGUCUUGUAUGAGAUAUUUACAGCCGAAGGAGGGCACGAUGUGCUUGUGAGGUGCAUGAGGAGGAUGGACGAUGAGUUCAGCGAUGCGAUCUGCGACACUCUGAGCAUGAUACUGUCGAAGUAUGGAAACUACUUUCCCCCGUUUCUGAGGCCAUUGCUCGAUAGAUUUAUCUGUGGGAAGAUUCAGGAUACAAAGGCGUUUUUCAAGAUACUUGAGUUUUUGGUGAAUGAGGGAAAAGCCGAGGAGCUAUUUUACAGCAUUGAUUUCAACAGAUGCAUAUGCAACACGUAUUUAUCCAGAAUAAUUGAGCAUGUGAUGAGAAUUCCGCGAGUUGUUGAUGAGCUGAACUUUCUCGUUCCACUAUUGAGGUCUGCUAAGUCUGUGCAUGUGAAGUAUAUUCUUUUUGUUUCAGGAUUCCAUCAGCUAGAGCAAAGGGUUGUGUGCCGAGAGAUUUAUGAUGAGAUUGCGAAGGAGAUCCGAUGCAGCAUGGCAGGCGACUUUCGUAAGGACAGAAUAGAGGAGGUGCUGAGGAUAGCCGAGAUUCAAGGCCUCCUGGAUGUUGUGUGCUGUGUUGCAGAGGCGUUUGUGUUUGGAGGCAGAGAGGCGUUUAAGAAUGUUGAAGUACGGAGUCAAGAGCCGGCGAAGUGUGUGCUUGAAGAGAAGGCUAAAGAGCAGUGCAUAGAUGGUGAUGAAGGUGCAGCAGUGGAGCUAGUGAAAGCAAAGCCCAAGAAGAUAAUCAAGAAGGUGGUGAAGAGUGCAAUGCCUAGUAAGAAAUACAUGCCUGUGAAAUGGAAGAAGAUAGGGAAGGGAAACAGUCUGUGGAGUAAGAUAAGCAUGAGGGAGAUUGAAGGGCUUUUCAGUGCAAAUGAUUUUGAAGUAUUUGAGGUGAAGGAGGAGAAGCCUAAAGCAAGCAGUGUAAGAUUGGAUAGCAAGAGGCCGAGUGUGUUUUCUGAGAAGAAGAGCUAUGCAAUAAACAUUGCGCUUGGAAGGGUAAAGGUAAGCAAUUACGAGCUUAAGCAGGCGAUUAUUGAGAUGCGAGAUGAUUUUGAUGAGAAUCUUGUGAAGCAGCUUCUGUUCUAUUUUCCUACGGAUGAGGAGGUUGAGCAGUUACAGGCGGUGGAUCAUUUGUUUGGGCGUGGAGAAGAGUUUUUCAAAGAAUGCAUUGAUGAGAUUGAGAUGAUGAAGAGAUGCCUGUAUUAUUUAUACUUUGCAAUAUCGUUUAAGGAUCAGUGCCUGAUGCACACGUUGAAUGUUCUUAGAGAGUAUUAUGGAGUGUUAUUGCGAAGUAAUGAGCUGCGAAGGUUUUUAGGGGUUGCGCUUGCAGUAGGAAACUACCUGAACAUGGGGAGUUUUCUAGGGAAUGCCGAAGGAUUUACCAUGGACUCGAUUCCAACGAUUCUUGAAGCGAAGAACAAUGAAGCAAGUCUUAUUAGGUUUAUUGAGAGAAGGAUUGAUGUGCGAAGGCUGGUGAGUGAGCUAUGCAUUGUGUAUGAAGCAAGCAAGAUGAAUUUUGAGGCGUUGUGUGUAGAAAUUGAUGAGUUAAAGAAGAACUAUAUCAAUGCAAACGGAUCAUCUUUUGUAAGGAUACAGGAGAAGAUGGAUGAGAUUCAGCCAAGAUACGACACGGUGUGCCUGAUGUAUGAGGAUGUAGUGCGGCUGCACAGAGAGUGCGGAGAGUAUUUUGGGGAGUCUGUGGACGAUGAGUUUAACAGCCGGAUGAUUCUUUUUUUGGACAGGCUUUCGCACGACUUGCAUGAAUGA